AAACAAAUACGUAACUUCCGGGGCGGGUCGAAACCGCUUCCCUUCGCUUCCUGCUUCUUCGCUUCCCUGGUUUCGUCUGAUCAGCUGCUCGAGGCUUUCCCAAGCGAGAGACAGACACAAUGUCACACCAGACGGGCAUUCAAGCGAGCAACGAUGUGAAGGACAUUUUUGCCAGUGCUAAAAGCGGAGAUGAGUACCGAGUCUUGAAGAUCAUUAUUGAGGAUGAGCAGCUGACGUUGGCCGCCUCCAAGAAGGCGUCAAAGAAGUGGGACCUUGAGUAUGAUGCCUUAGUGCUGCCCCUGCUGGAGGACUCAGUUCCCUGCUAUAUUCUUUACCGACUGGACUCCAGCAACAACCAGGGUUAUGAAUGGAUUUUUAUUGCCUGGUCUCCGGACAGCUCUGAUGUGAGAAACAAAAUGUUAAUUGCUGCUACUAAGGCCACACUGAAGAGUGAGUUUGGCGGAGGCCACAUCAAAGAUGAGAUUUUUGGUACCAUAAAGGAUGAUAUAAACCUUAAUGGCUACAAGAAACAUCUGAUCUCCCAGGCUGCUCCGCUGCCCCUCACUGCUGCUGAGGAAGAGUUAAAACAGAUUAGACUAAACGAGGUUCAGACAGACAUUAGCGUCGACAGUAAAUACCAAACCCUCCAAGGGGUGGCCUUCCCUAUCCACGAUGAUGCUGUCACAGCACUGAAAAACUUCAGGGACAAGGAAAUCAACUAUGUGCAACUGCAAAUAGAUUUUGAAAAGGAGGUGAUCUGCUUGUGCAGCACUGAACCAACGGAACUUAGGGACCUGCCAUUGAGGAUCCCCAAGGACUUCGCACGUUACCACUUCUUCCUUUACAAGCACUUCCAUGAGGGUGACUGCUUGGAAUCAACGGUCUUUAUCUAUUCCAUGCCUGGGUACAAGUGCAGUAUCCGGGAGAGGAUGCUCUAUUCCAGCUGUAAAAACCCUUUGGUUGAAAUGGUCGAAAACAAACUGAAGAUAGAAAUUGAGAAAAAGUUGGAAAUCGAAAACGGAGACGAACUAACCAGUGAAUUCAUGUAUGAGGAGGUGCAUCCCAAGCAGCACGCGCACAAGCAGGCAUUCCCAAAGCCCAAAGGCCCUCAAGGAAAGCGGGGCUGCCGUCGCAUCACCCGACUCCCCGCGGAUGGCGAUGAGGACGAUAAUUAAACUUGACCUCGGCACCCACACUCUGUGCACGUUCCAUAGUGGAACAUUCAUUAAUUGAGGCUAUCAUAUUUGCUUGUUUAAAAAAAAAAGAAAGAAAAAAAGACAACCUCACAUUCCCAUCAACAAAGCCAGCUAUGCACUUCGAGGACAAAUGAGCAAUGGCACAUUUCAGCAGUUUCCAUUUGUAGCUUGCCAAAUGGAAGCCGAUUAAUCUGUGAUUACAUUCCCAACAAGUGAAAAAUAAGCUGUUUUUUUCAGAUCUUAGUGUGAACUUGCGCCAAUAUGACAACACCCCACCCCCCCAUUUAAUUUUAAGUUCACAUCCCCUAAAUUCCCAACUUGCAUUCCUUCCACCCUAACACUUAGUCUUAGUGUGUCUAACUGUGCACAACCUUUUGGUGCUCCAAAAGCAGAGAUGUAAAUGAAUUAAUUCUUGUCUUCUGAUUUUAACAUUUUAUAUUGCAUUAUUUUGUUGUUUUAUAUAACUGGUUUACAUGGAUAGAGGAGGAAAAAAAAUCAUCUGCUGAGAAACUUAUUUUUCUAUGCAAGUGCUGUAAUGUACGUAUUUGUAGCCGUGUGUAAGUGUAUGUUCUGGUGGUGAUGUAACUGAGGGACUUUGACUAACAUAUCCAUCGAAAGUCAGGUUCCACGGGAUCAGAAUCCCAGCAAGAGCAAGUGGGAGGGGGUGUGCUACAGAAUAGGAAAGGGAAUAUUUGCGUUGAUCAAAAUGUUGCCACAGCCACUUGUCUACUGAUGACUUAACAUUAGGCACACUACCAAGCUCACCUCAUGUUUGAAGCUGGGGAUAAAAAUCCCUUAGUAUUCAUAGUCUCAUUAGAAAUAGAGAUGAAAAUCAUGUCUGGUCUUAUUUGUUUUCUUACAGACCUUUUUUUCUUUUUAAGAAGAAUAAAAAUAUUUAAAUUGCA